AUGCAGCUUGGGCGAGCUCGAUUCGUCCGCCUACAUGAUAACGUCAACUACGUCGCGGCAGCUGUAAUCUUGCGCGGCGAUGGUGACGACACCGAAAUCCUCCUCAUCCAAGAAGCCAAGAAAAGCUGCUACGAGAAGUGGUAUCUCCCAGCUGGACGAGUGGAGGCUGGCGAGACAUUGAUUGAAUCUGUCCACCGCGAAGUUUUGGAAGAAGCCGGAUAUACGGUUGAGGUCAAUGAAAUGCUAUCGAUGCAGAUCCAAGGCAGCGGGUGGUACCGGUUUGCCUAUGUCGCAACGGUCACAGGAGGCACCCUCAAAGAUUAUCCAGACCGAGAAUCACUGCAAGCACAAUGGUUCAAGGUGAAGGAGAUCACGUCUUCGAAGCCACCGGUGAAAUUGAGGGGCCGAGACUUCCUGAAAUUGGUGGACGAAGGGCUGGCCUAUCGGACGGCUAAACGCUUCGCCAACGUGCCCCCAAUUUUGCCAGUCAACGAGCCGUACGCCGGGCUUUUCGUCGAGUUCAUGAUUUGUAAAUACAACAAAGACGAUACCCGAGUCGACGUGCUCGUCCACAAGUCAAUCACCACCGAGCAGGCCAUGGCGGCCCAUGACCAGCCAUUUCCGACUUGUGAAUUCGGCUUCGAGUACUUCUUUGCGAUGGUCAUCUCUAAAUGUUAUAGGCACCUUCUCGACGAGGGUUCAAACGCCCUGUUCGUCCCGUCACAAAUCGUCCGGUUACGAUGUGCACCGACACCCAUGGAAAGUAUCGCACACGGCUUGCAGGUUCGCCUGUUCUGCGAGCACAAAAAAUCUGCCGGAAAGGCGCCGAUCAAAAGCCCGAGCAGG